AUGCGCCCGCAGCGGAGAAGCGGCCUUGCAGAAGGGGCUACCACCUUGAUGCUCCGGCGCUUGCCAGAAGAUUGGGACGCGCAGAGGAUCGUGGAAUGGCUUCGGGAGAACCGGCUCAAGCUCAACCAGAUUGAUUUUCUCUACGUUCCUUUCGAUAAGCGGGCAGACUGCAACAUCGAACUGGCUUUCAUCAACUUUGUGGAUCACUCCUCCGCCAAAAAAGUCUACAACAUCAUCGUGAGGCAGAACAGGGAUGGCAUCUGGGAGACCAUAGUAAGUGCUGGAAACAUCCAGGGGUUUGACUGGAAUCUAGCCUACUUCCUGGCACGGUUUGGCCAUCAGGGUGUUUGGGAAAAGGAUGCUCCACUGAUCUUCAGAGAUGGCCGCCAGCUCCAGGACAGACAGGAGAUCAUGGGGGUUUAUGCAUCCCUUCCACCGGAGAUCAUGACGGAAGCUACCAGGUUCGUGAGGGAAGAAAGUGCGGGCACGUUCCCUUCGCCGGGAAGCCGGCGUCGGGCCCAGCAGCUUCCGUGGAAGCUGGGGGAAGAGACCGAGGGACGACGAGGAGCAGAAAUCGCUGUACCCACUCCGGCGAUGGGGACGAACGUCGUCGAGAUGGGUCUGGAGAACAGUGAGGUAGAGCUCUUAGCACUUAUACAAGAAGUGCAGACUGGCGCUUGGCUGUUUAGGUUCUGA